CCGCCCUAGCCGAGGAUGCUGAGGAUGAAGCUGCCGCCCAAGCCGACGCACCCCGCUGAGCCGCCGCCCGAGGCGGAUGAGCCCGAGGCGAGGGCGCCACCACCGCGCCGCCGACGGGACUGCCGCCCGCCGCCCUCCGGCCCUCCGCGGGCCCCACCGCCGGCCCGGGCGCUCGGGCCGCCUGUUGCCGGCGGGGCGGCCCCGGGUCCGGGGGCGCCCGGCGGGGCGGCGGCGGCGCUUCGCGAGCAGGAGCGCGUGUACGAGUGGUUCGGGCUGGGGCUGGGCUCGGCGCAGCGCCUGGAGUUCCUGUGCGGGCUUCUGGACCUGUGCAACCCGCUCGAGCUGCGCUUCCUCGGCUCAUGCCUCGAAGACCUGGCGCGCAAGGACUACCACUAUCUGCGCGACUCGGAGGCCAAGGCCAACGGCCUCUCGGACCCGGGGCCGCUGGCCGACUUCCGAGAGCCCGCCGUGCGCUCGCGACUCAUUGUCUAUCUGGCUCUGCUGGGCUCGGAGAACCGCGAGGCCGCCGGCCGCCUGCACCGCUUGCUGCCCCAGGUGGACUCGGUGCUCCAGAGCCUGCGCGCCGCCCGGGCCGAGGGCUCGCCGGUCGGCGCAGAGGACGAGGACGGCGCGGACGCCGAGCAGGACGGCUCCGGGCAGGAAGGCGGCGGCGCCGAACCCCGGGCCGGAGGCGGGCUCGGCCUCAGGGCCCAGGAGGAGCUGCUGCUGCUCUUUACCAUGGCCUCGCUGCACCCGGCCUUCUCUUUCCACCAGCGAGUCACCCUGAGGGAGCACCUGGAGAGACUCCGCACGGCGCUGCGCCGGGGCCCCGCGGAGGUGGAGCCGGGCCACUUUGCCGGCCCCAGGGCCCAGAGUGAUUCUGCUCAUGGUGAUUACAUGCACAGUAACGAGACCAGUUUAAUAGAACAAGCCCCAAUACCUCAUGAUGGACUUACUCUGGCACCUCAUAGAGCUCAGCAAGAAGCUGUACACAUUGAGAAGAUAAUGCUGAAAGGAGUCCAGAGAAAAAGGGCUGACAAAUAUUGGGAAUACACCUUCAAAGUAAAUUGGUCUGAUCUUUCAGUAACAACAGUAACAAAAACCCACCAAGAACUACAAGAAUUUCUACUGAAGCUUCCAAAGGAAUUGUCUUCAGAGACUUUUGACAAGACCAUCUUAAGAGCGCUGAACCAGGGUUCCUUGAAAAGGGAAGAACGGCGACAUCCUGAUCUCGAGCCCAUCCUAAGGCAGCUAUUUUCAACUUCAUCACAAGCAUUUCUACAGAGUCAGAAAGUACACAACUUUUUCCAGUCCAUAUCAUCGGAAUCUUUACACAGUCUCAAUAACUUACAAUCCUCUCUGAAGACUUCCAAGAUAUUAGAACACUUAAAAGAAGACAGCUCAGAAGCUUCAAGUCAGGAAGAAGAUGUCUUACAGCACACCGUCAUCCACAAGAAACAUACUGGGAAAAGUCCCGUUGUGAACACUGUUGGUACGAGUUGCUCUCCAAUGGAUGGGCUUACCAUGCAGUAUUCUGAACAGAAUGGGAUUGUGGAUUGGAGGAAGCAAAGCUAUACAGCCAUACAGCACCCAGAGCACUGUGUGACCUUAGCUGACCAGCAUUCAGCUGACAAAUGGAGCUUAUCUUCAAAAAAUAAGAAGAAGGGAAAGCCACAAAUAGAAAAGGAGAAAAUUAAGAACAAUGACAACAGACUGAGUAGCAGAAUAAAUGGCAUUAGACUCUCCACUCCUCAGCAUGUCCAUGAUGGUUCUGUGAAAGAUGUGAAUUUGGACAUUGGAUCUGGACAUGAUACGUGUGGAGAAACAUCUUCAGAGAGUUACAGUUCUCCAUCUAGCCCACGACAUGAUGGAAGAGAAAGCUUUGAGAGUGAAGAAGAGAAAGACAGAGAUACAGACAGCAAUUCUGAGGACUCUGGGAAUCCAGCAACAACCAGGUUUACGGGUUAUGGUUCUGUCAACCAGACUGUCACUGUCAAGCCUCCUGUUCAGAUUGCUUCACUAGGAAAUGAGAAUGGAAGCCUCUUGGAAGAUCCCUUGAACUUCCCCAAGUAUCAGCAUAUUUCUUUUAUGCCAACUUUACACUGUGUCGUGCACAAUGGUGCCCCAAAGCCUGAGGUGGUUGUUCCUCCACCCAAAUCCGUGGAUGGCAAAACAAUAGGGAUGCUGGUUCCUAGUCCUGUGGCUAUUUCUGCAAUUAGAGAGUCCGCAAAUUCAACCCCUGUUGGAAUACUUGGGCCAGCAGCUUCUACUGGAGAAUCAGAAAAGCAUCUUGAAUUACUGGCUUCCCCUUUACCUAUUCCGUCAACUUUCCUUCAACAUAGUAGUACUCCUGCUUUGCACCUAACAAUUCAGAGGCUAAAAUUACCACCACCACAGGGAUCUUCUGAGAGCUGCACCGUUAACGUCCCACAGCAGUCAGCUGGGAGUCUGAACGUCGGAUCACCAAACACUGCCUUCAUUCCUGUCCAUAACCCAGGUAGUUUUCCAGGAUCGCCUGUUGCUACCACAGACCCCAUCACAAAACCUGCAUCCCAAGUGGUAGGACUAAAUCAAAUGGUGCCUCAAGUUGAGGGAAACACAGGAACACUCCCUCAGCCUACCAAUGUGAAGGUAGUUCUCCCAGCAGCAGGCCUCUCAGCUGCACAGCCACCAGCUUCCUACCCUUUACCAGGCUCACCCCUUGCUGCCGGUGUGUUACCCAACCAGAGUUCCAAUGUGCUAAACACGGCAGCAGCUUCCACUCAGCCUGCGAGCGCAGGCCUCAGCCAGGUCCAGCCGACUGUUCCUCCUGCAGUUCCCACCCACACCCCAGGCCCUGCCCCGAGUCCAAGCCCCGCUUUGACACACAGCACUGCUCAGAGUGACAGCACAUCCUACAUCAGUGCUGUGGGCAAUACGAACGCUAAUGGGACAAUAUUGCCGCCGCAGCAGAUGGGCUCCGGUCCUUGUGGUUCUUGUGGGCGAAGGUGUAGCUGUGGGACCAGUGGGAACCUUCAGCUCAACAGUUACUAUUACCCUAAUCCGAUGCCCGGACCAAUGUACCGAGUCCCAUCCUUCUUUACUCUGCCGUCCAUUUGCAACGGCAGCUACCUCAACCAAGCACAUCAGAGCAAUGGAAACCAACUUCCUUUCUUUUUGCCUCAGACGCCAUAUGCAAAUGGACUGAUGCAUGACCCAGUCAUGGGGAGCCAAGCCAACUAUGGCAUCCAACAGAUGGCAGGAUUUGGGAGAUUCUACCCUGUGUACCCAGCACCUAAUGUAGUUGCCAACACCAAUGGUUCAGGGCCCAAGAAGAACGGGAACGUGUCCUGUUACAAUUGUGGUGUAAGCGGACACUAUGCACAGGACUGUAAGCAGUCGUCCAUGGAGGCCAAUCAACAAGGCACUUACAGACUGAGAUACGCACCUCCCCUCCCCCCUUCUAAUGAUACGUUGGACUCUGCAGACUGAAACAAGUAAAGCUUGCCUACUUAAUACCCUCAAGUGUGGGGAAGUUUGGUGGGGUCUGGAGGGGAGGAGAGGAAAGGUAUUUUGUUGGUUUUUUUGUCUUCACAUUUCCUAGAUUUCUAUGCAGUUGGAAGUUUUCAUUUCUCUUGUACAAUGUCCACAACAAAAGACGAAUGCAAUGCUUUUGAGCCUCUGGUCUCCUGGCUCAACAACAGGCUUCUAUGUAUGAUAUGUGUAAUUUAAACACAUGAACAAACUUAUCAAAUGGAAAAUGUUGAUGCGUGCUUUUUUUUUUUUACACUGAAAUACUUGCUGUGUGCAAUGUUUACGGAAUCUUGAAAACUGUGUAUUUGACCCUUUUUUUUUACAACACUGGUGACAGUCAUAUGGUUUUGAAAAAAAGAAACUUUGCUUCUUCCCCAGCUUUUCUCACUUUCGCCCCAAGCAAGCACUUCUCCCCACCCGCUUCUCCGGCCUACAGGAGCAGCUGGCAGUGGGCUUGUCCACACUCGGGCACACUGCUCCACAGAGGAUUGGAGGGUAAAAUGUCUCCACCUUCAUCUCCCUGGAGAGCUCACGUUCCCCCAGUAGUGUGUCUGUAUGUAAGAAACAGCAUCAUAUAAAUACAUAUAUGCAGCGUUUGUUGUCCAAAUAAAAAUUAAAAUAAGUAAAAGAGAGGAAGAAGUGAAACCAUAUGAAACUGAAAAGAUAUGAAAUGGACAAAGAGCUUUUUCUUAAAAAAAAAAAAAAAACUUUUUAACUUCCAUCAUACUUUUUUA